GCAUAUUCGGUUGGCUGCAGCGGACUUCUCAAGUUGUGCAAAUUUCCUCUUUUAGAUGAGCGAUCUUUAAUAGCAGCUAGUCGAUGGCCAAGGGAAAAAUGCUAGACCGCCAUAUUAACAGCGAACCGUGACUUUAGACAUCAAAUGUCUUCUAUCCCUCGGACUUCAGUCCCACGAUAUUAUGCUCCGUCGUACUAUAUCCUUGUGUCUAUGAUAAGUACAUACAAUUCGUACGUGUCCUGUAUUUACGUAUCGUUCUGUGCGCCUCAUGCGUCCGCCAUAUACUGUCCUAACGUUUCCAAAAAUGGAAAUCUUCAUCUAAUUUAACUAGGAAAUCGCGUGUGAGUUAAUUACGUGCUGGCGCAAUUUGCGUAACGCAUCGACGAAAAUAUGUUUCUGGUUCGAAGGUUACAAGCAUCGCGAUGAUUUAAUUGUGAGAAUGACAUAAAUCGUGUUGCGCGUGUUUUCUAUAUAAAGGUGGGAGAGAGGGAAAGAGAGAGACAGAGAAAGAGAAGGUGAAGAAGAGAGAAAGAGAGAGAAAGGAAGAGAGAGAUGUGUCGGUGGAUAAAUUACUACAAUUUGCUUAAUAGCUAAUAGACUCAAAAUUACUGGUAUGCUUUUACGAUUCGCUCAUGAUGUCCGUAUAUGCGACGAUACUGCCUCUCAUCUUCUUGGGAUUGUUAGAAAUUAUAUUUGGGAAAGAUAUUAAAGGCUCAGCCUUUUGCGAAUUUUACAAUGAGACGAUGUGUGCUGAGUCCCAAAUAGGAUGUUCAGGAAAAGAAGAAUGUGUUAUACAUGAUCCAGACAAGCGUAACCAUUGUUAUGUAUUAUGGCAAAUUGACAAUGUCACCAAAAAGUCGAUAAUUAAAUUGAAGGGUUGCUUUUUAGAUAGCAAUGAUUGUUACAAUAAGCCAAAGUGUAUCGAAAAUACAGAAAGAAGGAAGGAUUUAUUCUUUUGUUGCUGCGAUGGUAAUAUGUGUAAUGAAGACUUUUCUUUUGAGCCACUUCCGACUUUAUCCUCCAAGCCUACACAGCCAUCUGUUAUUCAUGAGUCUGAACCAGUUCCUGAUGAAAGGCAGCCAAUAACAAUUUUAAUAUCAAUAUUAAUUACUACGUUUUUUAUAUCAAUUGUUGUGUUGUUUUCUUUAUGGUACUAUCGUCGACAAAAGUCGAGUGAUUUUAACGAGCUACCGACAGGGGAACCUCCGUUACCAGAAUCUUCACCUAAUCUAGGUUUACGACCGAUACAACUUCUUGAGAUUAAGGCUCGGGGUCGUUUCGGCGCAGUUUGGAAAGCCCAACUCAAGCAUGAGAUUGUAGCAGUUAAAGUUUUCCCCAUCCAAGACAAGCAGUCUUGGCAGACUGAACAAGAAAUUUUUAAGCUUGCACACAUGGAUCACGAAGACAUACUACGUUUUAUAGGAGUUGAGAAACGUGGCGAUAAUUUACAAGCUGAAUUUUGGUUAAUUACGGCGUAUCAUGAAAAAGGUUCACUGUGUGAUUACCUGAAAGCAAACGUCGUGACAUGGCCUGAGAUGUGUAGAAUUGCAGAAUCCAUGGCAAGAGGUUUAAUGCACCUACACGAAGAAAUCCCAGCUAAUAAAGCAGAUGGUUAUAAACCUGCUGUAGCUCAUAGGGAUUUUAAGUCAAAAAACGUCUUGCUGAAAGCUGACAUGAGUGCCUGUAUAGCAGAUUUUGGUUUGGCACUUAUCUUUCACCCUGGCAAGCCUUGCGGCGACACACAUGGACAAGUUGGAACACGAAGAUAUAUGGCACCAGAAGUGUUAGAAGGGGCAAUAAAUUUUACUAGAGAUUCAUUUUUACGGAUUGAUAUGUAUGCAUGUGGGUUAGUGCUGUGGGAAUUAGCUUCAAGAUGUACUGUACAAGAUGGACCAAUAGGAGAAUAUCGUCUACCAUUUGAAGAUGAAGUUGGACUUCAUCCUACUCUAGAGGACAUGCAAGAAAGUGUUGUUCAUAAAAAGGAAAGGCCACUCAUUUUAGAAACAUGGCGUAAACAUCCAGGACUUUUAUCAAUUUGUGAUACAAUGGAAGAAUGCUGGGAUCAUGAUGCAGAAGCACGUCUUUCUGCCUCGUGCGUAAUGGAACGAGUUGCUACUCUCAGUAGAGCUCUGAUAUUAAAUUCAUCUACUUUGAUUCGAGUUGAUCAUAUUACCACCAACGAGAUUAUUACUACCAAGGAAUCUAGUAUGUAGUUAGUGUCUCUAUACAUUAUAGUUUUAGUUAUAUUGCACAACCAUUUUUGUAUCAUAAUUUUGUUAUACAUAACAAUGAGGAAUGUUGAAACAACAGUAAAAAGACAAGCAUAUAUCUUCAGAGUCUUACGUUUCACUAUAUUUAAUCGAAUAAUUUAUUAAUUAUUUCUGCGAGACGUGUGCGCAGAUGGUUGUCAAUCACAAUAUCAUGAAGUUCACUUCCUCAAUUUGUAAGAUAAAAGUAUUUAAACUGUGUAUUACAUUUUAUCUUACUGAUAUCUUUUCCACACAUUGAUAAUCGGUUCAUCAAUGUUAGAGAAGUGUCGAAAAGAUCAGAGAAAUAUCUUAAAUCUUUAUUUUAAUAAAAAAUAAUACUACGAGGUAACGGUACAAGAACAAGAUAUUAUAAUUUUGAAUAUAAGUAAUCACAUGAGAUAUAAAUGACAAAAGUUAAAGUGGUGAAAGCGUAGCCCAUUAUAUUUGCCAAAUUAUAUCACGCAAUAUCAUACUUUGUACAUACAGAUUUCUCUGUUUUAAAGACGUAAAUAUAAAACAUGAUUUUAAUCAUAUGUAGUACGUAUCGUUGUCUAUGUAACAACUUGCAGAUGACAACACAAAGAAAUGCAUUCUAUUGUUUUUGUUUUAUUUAGUGUAGAAUUUGUGGAUUGUAUCCUUAGAAUAUUGGAUGCAGAUCUGAUACUAAAAUGUAUGAAUUUUUAUAACAAAAUGACCAGUUUUUUAUGAUAAAUAUGUUUAAUCGGGCAAUUACAUAUUUGAGUGAAAACUGUUUGAUUAAAAUUAUACUAAAAUUUUAUAUCUACCGUUGUAAAUAAA